CCAGCCUGCGCGUUCACGUUCACGGGUGCGUGAGAGUGAGUGUGUUGUUGUUGUUGUUAUUGUUCGGCUGUACCUUCUAUUAUUAUUCAAUCGGAAAGUUGUACCGCAGCACCGGACCGCCGCAACGAACCAUUCGCACAAAUUUCACGCACAAGUGUAUUUUUCAAACCUGCCGCAACAGACACCAACGCUGGAAGUCAUCGCCACUCAGGGUGUCAGUGGCUUUGGUUGCAUCUGUGCGUACAGAAGUGAGAGUUUUCGGUUGUUUUCUCUGGCUGGUGUGGUGUUCGCGAAGUUUGUGGCAGGGGUUCCUUGAAGAGUUGGCAGUUUGAUUGCUUUUGUACUCAAGUUACACAAGGACCAUUAAAGAAAAUCCUUUGACGUGAAUAACUCAAAUUUGGAAGUGUACAAAAAUGCAGAUAUCCAGGAGUUCUGGUUCGGCGUGCAGAUGUUCCUUGGUACUACUUGUGCUCAGUUGCUUCCUGCAGGUGUCCUUGUUGGUGGUGUUUAGCGAUGCUACCUCGAUGUAUUAUAAGAAAGUACAGGGAGAAAAGUACGAACCAGACUGGGUAGCCGUAUCUUCCACCGUGAUACCAUUGGUGGAGCGUGUAGUAAGCGUGGGUGCCCACACGAAACCGCAGUCCCAUCGAAAGGAUGGCACGGAAACGUCGGAAGGUUUACUACGGGCGGACGAGAGCUACAAGCGCGCUUACGUGAAGCACAUCAGCAAGUUCACGAAAAUUGGCACGGCUGGAGCCGAAAUUCAACCCGGAAUGCUGAUCACCGGUAAAACUGCGUCAUCAGCUGCGAAAGAUUAGCUUUAGGCGAAGGUUUAAAAGCAAAAAUCCUCAAGCAAAAUUGCAUGAAAGAUUUCACUAAUCUUUAAACUCACUAACGUAGCUAACAUGCUGACAUUGAUGGGUUGUUUUGUCGUUAACUUAUCUUAAGUGUCGUUUUUAUUAAAUUUAUUCUAACUGUUAUACUCUCGAAUGUGUAAUAAAUUUUUUAUUGCUAUUUUC